AUGGCAAUUAUGGAACAUGCUUAUUAUGCAUCAUUUGGUUACCAAGUUACCAAUUUUUUUGCAAUUUCUUCUCGUUUCGGUACACCAGAAGAUUUAAAAGAAUUAAUUGACGAAGCCCAUAGAUUGGGUAUUAGAGUCUUGUUAGAUGUUGUUCAUUCGCAUAGCUCUAAGAAUGUUGAAGAUGGUUUGAAUAUGUUUAAUGGUACGGAUCACUACUUAUUCCACGGGGGCACUAAAGGUUCUCAUGAAUUGUGGGAUUCUAGAUUAUUCAAUUACUCGAACUACGAAACCUUAAGAUUUUUAUUGUCAAACUUGAGGUUUUAUAUUGAUGUCUACAAAUUUGAUGGUUUCAGAUUUGAUGGUGUUACUAGUAUGCUUUACAAACAUCAUGGUUUGAGUUUUGGAUUUAGUGGCGACUACAAUGAAUACUUCAAUUCUGAAUGGGUUGACGAUGAUGCAAUAACAUAUUUAAUGUUGGGUCAUAAAUUAUUGGAUGAAAUUAGCGUAAGAGAAAAUAAUUAUAAAUUUGUUUCCAUUGCAGAGGAUGUUAGUGGUAUGCCAACUUUGUGUUUGCCAAUUGAUGAAGGUGGUAUUGGUUUUGACUAUAGAUUAUCCAUGGCAAUUCCAGAUAUGUGGAUUAAGAUUAUUAAACAUUUGAACGAUGAGCAAUGGGAUAUGGGGAACCUUGUGCACACAUUAACCAACAGAAGACACGGUGAAAAGUGUAUUAGUUAUUGUGAAUCUCAUGAUCAAGCAUUAGUAGGUGACAAAACUAUUGCUUUUUGGUUAAUGGAUAAAGAAAUGUACACCAACAUGUCUACAUUGACUCCUUUCACUCCUGUUAUUGAUAGGGGUAUUGCAUUGCAUAAGAUGAUCAGAUUAAUUACUUUUUCCUUAGGAGGUGAAGGCUACUUAAAUUUUGAAGGUAAUGAGUUUGGCCAUCCAGAAUGGUUAGAUUUUCCAAGAGUAGGAAAUGGAGAAUCGUAUGAUUAUGCCAGAAGACAAUUUAAUUUAAUUGAAGAUGAUUUAUUACGUUACAAGUUUUUGUUUGCCUUUGAUGGUGCAAUGCAACAUUUAGAUACCAAGUAUGGUAUAUUGUUAUCUUCACAAGCCUACGUAUCCUUAAAAAAUGAAAGUGAUAAGGUUGUUGUCUUUGAAAGAAACGGCUUAUUAUUCAUUUUUAAUUUUCACCCUACCAAUUCUUACGCCGAUUAUAAGGUUGGAGUAGAAACUCCCGGUGUCUAUCAGAUAGUUUUAAAUUCUGACAGUUCUUUAUUCGGAGGUCACGAUAGAAUUGAAGAAACAAACAAACAGACGGGUGAAAAGUUGCAGUUUUUUACAACCAAUGAAAGAUGGAAUGAUAGAUCCAAUGCAUUAUUUUGCUACAUUCCAUCAAGAACGGCUAUCGUUCUUCAAAUUAAGGAAAGAAUCGUUUAG